AAUUUAAAGAUCUGUACGUCAAAUGUGAAACAAUUCGCAUUUAAAUGAAUAUUUCAUAGCCAUAUUUAUAUUCAUAGACAUAUUUAUUACAUUGUCUAGGAUUUCACAAGAAAAAAAGUUUUUGCUGAAGAAACAAAGGACUAAAGGCACAUGAAACAUUAAGGAAUUGAAAUUAAAAGUUAGAUAAUAAUAUAUCAUGAAUGACAAUAUAGCAUUAGCAGACAAUGAAAAAGGAAAUAAAGAUUCAAAAGGCCGAGUUCAACUCCGGCAGUGGCUGAACAAAAGUUUUCGUAUUAAAAUGACUGAUGGUCGAGUGCUUUAUGGUACUUUUGCAUGUACAGAUCGUGAUGGCAAUAUUAUUCUAGCAUCGUGUUCAGAAUAUCUCAGUGAACACUCUGAUCCAAGUGAAGAAAGAGUUUUAGGACUUAUUAUGGUUCCUGGAAGACAUAUAGUUAGUAUUCAAGUUGAUGAUCUUAAUGAGCCUACAAGAAAAAUUAUUGAAUGCACAACUAAAUUAUCUUCUGAAAGUAUGACAUCAGAAGAAUAA